UUGGAGCGACAGCAGGCGCCAUUGUUGAGGAGUUUAUUGGGAUGUGGUGAUGUAUUGAAUAAAGUUAGUUUAUCAAAACACUUUAUAUUGCCAGAGAGCAGACUGCGGAAACCGAGCCCUGGGUUAAUAGUUGUACAACACAAUAGAAAUGGCACAGCGUGUUGCUGUGAACGACGGUGCUGCUGGAUCCAGACGGACCUCUCGGGUUCGUGUGGCGGUUCGGCUCAGACCCUACAUGGACAAGCAGGAUGAGAAGGGAGAGGGGCCCUGUGUCAGGGGUCUGGGCCCACAAAAGCUGGAGAUCAUCAACUGGAGGAACGCCACUGAGACCCUGCAAUACCAGUUCGACGUGUUUCAUGGUGAACAGACCACGCAGCAGGAGGUGUUUCUGACCUCUGUCAAGCCCAUCCUCCCCCACAUCCUUAAUGGUCAGAACGCCAGUGUCUUUGCCUAUGGACCCACCGGAGCAGGAAAGACUCACACCAUGCUCGGCAGUCAAGAGCAUCCGGGCAUUAUUCCCAGAGCUGUCAAGGAGGUCUUCAAGCUGGUUGAAGCUCAGGAAAAGGAGCAGGAUGGUUGGGAAUACUCAAUUUCGAUGUCUUACCUUGAGAUCUACAAUGAAAAGGUGCUGGACCUGUUGUCCCCAGGUUCCCAGGACCUGCCCAUCCGUGAAGACAAGGACAGAAAUAUCCUCAUUCCUGGGCUAACGCACACACCGCUUUCAUCCUUUACUGAUUUUGACACUCAUUUUAUCCCCGCGAGUCUAAACCGCACCACGGCCUCUACUAAACUCAACCAGCGCUCCAGCCGCAGUCACGCCAUCCUCCUCAUAAAGGUAGUGAAGUCUCGGCAUGGGCCGCCUCGCAGACAACAAACAGGCAAGCUGUAUUUAGUUGACCUGGCAGGUUCAGAAGACAACCGGCGCACAGGAAACCAGGGCAUCCGUCUGAAAGAGAGCGGGGCCAUCAACCUGUCCCUCUUUACCCUCAGUAAAGUGGUGGACGCUCUGAAUGCAGGGGCCGGGGGCCGUGUGCCCUACAGAGACAGUAAACUGACCCGUCUGCUGCAGGACUCUCUGGGUGGAUCAGCCCAUUCCGUCAUGAUAACAAACAUUGCACCGGAGUACACAUACUACUUUGAUACCUUCUCAGCCCUCAACUUCGCCGCCAAGUCUAAGCAGAUUGUCAAUCGGCCCUUUGUCAGGGAAACCGUUUUGGCUCCUACGAUUGGUCCUGGAAAGAGAGCCAGAGAGGAACCAGAGGCUGGAGGUUCUGGUGAGCCCCAGAACAAAAGGUCUAAAGAGAGGAAGAAAGCUGAACAGUCCUCGUCACCACCUGUACAUCCACACAGUUCACCAGAAUCAUCAGUUAUGGACCGACUUCUGGCCCUGGAGAAGAUGAUGAUGGGCUCUGCUGAAAGGGAGAGACUCAACUUGCUCAAAACUGUUGCACAGUCCCGUAAGGAAAUACAGAUGUUGAAGGAGAAACAGAAAGAGCUGGAGGACAAAGCAAACGUGUUCAAGCAGAAUGAAGCCAUUGAGAAAGAGUCCAAAGAUGCACUUCUCUUUAAAACAGAUCUGCCCCCACUGCACAGAAAACAAUCUACAGCUGCCAAACCACGCAAACAGCAGGCGGUUGUCACACCAUUACAGGUCUCUCAGGUGCAGCCCUUGCAGCAGUGCGCUGUGGUGUGUAAACCCUCACAAUUCUUGGAUAAAAAGAAAAAACGUAUCCAAACCGAGGUGUGUGAGGGGAAGGAGAACGGAGGUGUGGAUCCUCUCCCUGCUGAUGUUGUCAACUGGGAGACCCAUCUGGAUUCAGCAUUACUAGAGCAGUCCAGGAAGAAGAUCCUGCAGACGCUGAACUCCGGCUCUCUGAAGGAGCUCAAGAGCCUGCAGCUGAUCGGAGACAAGAAAGCCAAACUGAUCAUGGGCUGGAGAGAGAUUCAUGGGGACUUCACACAGUUGGAAGACCUGACGAAAAUCGAAGGCAUUACAGCUAAACGUUUCUCCUCUUUCAUAAAGGCCAAUAUUCUCAGCAGUAUGGGAAAGUGAAGCGUAUGAGCCGCUGUUUCUGAAGAGGAGCAUUUGAACACUUGUGCUUUAGUGUUUUUAAGAUGUUUUUACUCUCAUUUGAGUGUAACAUUUUGUACAGGGUUGUUUUUUGUGUACAAGCUUCUGUGUAUACUUAACUGCUUUUUUUUCUAUGUUUUUUUUAUCAGUUCGGCAUAUUAUUUUGCCUUUUUUUAGUAUUUAAGUUUUUUUUUUUUUUUUUUUUAAUGAACUGAUCAUUUAUCGUGGCACCAAAUAAAUGCCACCAUCACAUAAAGAAGCUCUGUUUUUGUUUUUUCAGAUGUUUAAUUGGGUGUUAUACUUGAAAUGGUUAGUUUUAUAAACCACUUGAGUUGAACAACUGAAUCAUUUGUUCUCAAACAUCCUUUUACAGAGAUAUCUAGUUUUGAGAUCUGCCUGAUGCUGUCUGUUACUCUCCUAUAAUUAUCUGUCUGAAAGUUAAACUUGCAAAAAUAUGCAUAUGCCUUUUCAUCGCUAAUUUUUCAUUGCGUGUCUUUUAGUAAACCCUGACAGUUUCUUAAUGCCAAAUUAGGAUUUGCGCUGGCGCAUGCUGCUAGUAAAUCUGUCUAUUUUAGCACUGAGGCAUCCACUCAGACCAAGACCAUUUUGAAGCCAAAUGUGUGUUAAGUUAACAAAUUUGGAAGGUUUUCUUCAACCACCUGCAUGGGAGCUAUUUUGAAAUGAAACUUCCAAAAGACAAAAAUAUUACAUUUCAUAAUUAUUCUCAAAGAUUACUGUAUUGGUGAAUAAGUGCCCCAAAAUCAUUGCCUGUAUGGAAAUUCCUGUAUUUCAGCCAAAAUAUUACUUCAAAAUAGUUUUUGCGGGCAGUUGGUUGAAGAAAUCGGUCCAAAUUUUACAAAAGCUUAGUCGACACAAAACAUUUGAGCAUUUAAUAUCAUUAUAUCCUUUUAACAGUCAGAAUUUUGUGAUAAUGGCUUGCCUAUUGGCUGAACCCUGGGGAAUCUGUGUCACAGGUGCAUCAUGUUUCUCUGAAGGACUAUACAGAGAGAAACCUUAUUCACAAAACAUGCAGUUUAGCCUUGCAGUGUCCAGUUUUGAUUUGCUGAAAAUGUUCUCACCCUCAGGCCAUCCAAGAUAAAGAUGAGUUUGUUUCUUCAUGCCAACAGAUUUGGAGAAAUGUAGCAUUACAUCACUUGCUAAGUAAUGGAUCCUCUGCAGUGAAUGGGUGCCGUCAAAAUGAGAGUCCAAACAGCUGUUAAAAAUAUAACGAUCCACACCACUCCAGUCCAUCAAUUAAUGUCUUGUGAAGCAAAACCCUGCGUAUUUAUAAGAAACAAACGCAUUAAUUUGUUUUUAACUUCAACCCGUUGGCUAAACUGCAAGUCCUCUAUCAGUAUUAUUGGUUUCUCCAGUGAAAAAUAAUCUCUUUAUCAAUUUUAUCUGCUAUGUAUAUUGUUUUAGAACCUAAAACAUUUCUACAAAAAGUGGCUGUCAAAGGAAACUCCUUGGUUUAGUGUUAAAUCCACUGCAGUAGUCAUGCAUUUUAUUUUAGCAAAGGCUUAAAUGUCCAUAUGUUCUUUGAGGAUUAUGUAUGUCCUUGACUUGUCAUUCAGUAUUUGCAUUUUGCACUGAACCAGAAUGUUAAUGUGUUGUUGGUGAGUGGAUGUGCCUGCAGUCAACACCGCUUCAUUACUCACAUGCAGUCCUUCAACCAGCCUGACAUCUUUGCAGCAGACCAGUGCAGCCAAUCACUGGAUUGCAAGGCAUAAAUAAGACCAGAGCUACAUUCACUUGCACGUUUUCAUUGCUGUUCAUUAUAGUGUUUGGAACCAUUUUCAGUAGGCAGAAAAGAAAUUUGACUAUCAGAG